UGCGGCUCUACAGUGAACGCAUGACAAGAAAUACCGGUGCGCUGUAGUUGUUUUGGUCCCUUUUUGCAAUUAAAUACUUUUCAUGUCGAAAACGGCUAAAAGCAGUGUCAAGCAAGCUUGCAUUAGCAAGUUUUUCAUGCCUGUAAAUAAACCGGAAACUGGGAGUUGCUCGUCUGCAGAACCUCAGGUAAUCGGGACAAAGUCAACAUCUACGGAGAAAAAGAAAUCCUCACUGGGAGAGCCAAGGAAAAAACGCCCUAGGCUUUGUGACCAAGGUGAAAAUGAAGAUGCCUCUAUUAGUGGAAGUGCUAUGGAUGAGAAAAGACCCAGCCCAAGGGACAAACUGUUGCCUUCGACUCUUGUCCGUCUUCAGGGAUUCUGUAGUACUUCUGCUCAGUCAGACAAGGAUACUAUGAAAGGAAAAUGCAUGUACAAAGAAGAAUCCACACCAGAACUUACUGGGGCACUGAGCAGUAGUCCAGAAGGUGAAAUGCAGCUAGAUCAGAAGGAACAGAAUGGGUCAAAAUGUGAUUUGAGUCGAUUUUCAUCCACCAGCUUAAGACCUGAAGCUCAAAAGAAUGAAGUAGAUUUCAUACCUCCAAACAGGCGGACAAAAUGCAUCUACACACCCCUAGAACUGCAGUACCUGGAAAUCAAGGAGAAACACAAGGAUGUCUUGCUGUGUGUGGAAUGUGGCUAUAAGUACCGCUUCUUUGGAGAUGAUGCAGAGGUUGCAGCAAAAGAACUAAAUAUUUACUGCCAUCUUGACCACAACUUUAUGACAGCUAGUAUUCCUACUCACAGGCUAUUUGUACAUAUCAGACGCUUGGUUUCCAAAGGACAUAAGGUGGGAGUGGUGAAACAGACAGAGACAACAGCACUGAAAGCAGCAGGAGUAAAUAAGAGUGCACUUUUCAGCAGGAAGCUAACAGCUCUCUAUACAAAGUCCACACUUGUGGGAGAAGAUGUAAAUCCUCUGCUGAAGAUAGAAGACCUAGAUGAUGCUCAGGAUGCAGUGGUUGACAUUCCAAACAGUUGCCUUUUGUGUAUCUCUGAGAACUGGGAGGGAAAGAAAUGCAAAAAGCAAGGACCUGUUAUUGGCUUGGUGGCAGUACAACCCAGCACUGGAGAUAUUAUGUAUGACAGCUUUCAGGACUUGGCUUCGCGCUCUGAGCUUGAGAGCCGCAUCCUUCGAGUGCAACCUGUGGAAAUCCUGCUGCCAUCAUCAUUGUCUGAGGAAACGGAGAGACUGGUCAAUGGAAUUGUGGCUGCAAGUACUCAAGAUGAUGACCGAAUUCGAAUUGAGAAAAUGGACAGUGAACAUUUUGAGUAUAGCAGUGCUUUUCGGUUUGUUGCUGACUUUUAUGGCGACACCACUUCAAAUCUCACAGGAGUUCCUCAGCAGCUGUCUGCUAUUGCAAAUCUUGAUAGACCAGUCAUAAUUUGUCUGGCAGCAAUUAUUCGCUAUCUUACAUAUUUCAACUUAGAGAAGGUUCUGUCAAAUACAAGUGCUUUUAGAUGGCUUUCCAGUGAAGCUGAAUGCUUGGUGCUCAGUGCAUCUACUUUGAAGAACCUUGAGAUAUUGCAAAAUCAGACAGACUGUAGAGUUAAAGGAAGCUUGCUGUGGGUACUGGACCAUACACAAACCAGUUUUGGAAGACGGCUAAUGAGAAAAUGGAUAACACAGCCACUAAAAUCAGUAAAAGACAUUACCCUGCGGCAAGAAGCAAUAGAAGAAAUUUUGUCAUCAGAAUCUAGUGUCUUUCCACCCCUUCAGGCUCUUUUCCGCAAACUACCAGACCUAGAAAGGGGUAUCUGUAGCAUUUAUCACAAAAAGUGUAACACACAGGAAUUCUUCCUUGUAAUCAGUGCCUUGUGUCGCCUAGAAGUGGAACUUCGAUCUCUUAUGCCAGCUACUCAGUCUCAGGUGCAAUCUAACCUAAUUAAAGACCUCAUUCUGGAUAUCCCCAAGUUAUUAGCUCCUGCACAUGACUUCUUAGCCACCAUAAAUGAAAAGGCUGCAAAGGUUGGUGAUAAAACUGAGCUGUUUGUAGACCUGAAAGAUUUUCCUGCCAUCAGGCAAAGGAAAGCUGAGAUACAAGAUGCUAUUUCUGAGAUUCUGGAGCACCGAAGACAGAUCCGUUUGGUCCUAAAAAAUCCUUCCUUCAAUUAUGUGACUGUAUCUGGACAAGAGUAUCUUAUUGAGGUGAAGAAUUCCAUGCUCUCACAGGUCCCAAACAGCUGGAUCAAAGUCAGCAGCACUAAGUCAGUGAGCCGCUUCCACACUCCCUUCAUAGUGGAAAAGAAUCAACUUCUGUGCCAGCUCCGUGAGCAGCUCAUCUUGGACUGUGGAGAUGCCUGGAUUACAUUUCUGCUCCACUUUGGAGAGCAAUACCAUGUUUUUAGGAAGGCUGUUGGUCACCUAGCAACCCUAGACUGUGUGUUCUCACUGGCGGAAGUUGCUAAACAAGGCAAUUACUGCAGACCUCUGGUUUUGGAAAAUGAGAGACAGAUUCGGAUCAAGAAUGGCAGACAUCCAGCAAUUGAUUUAUUAUUAGGAGAACAAGACCAGUAUGUGCCCAAUUCAACAGAACUACAUGGUGAUGGUGAACGGGUUAUGGUAAUAACUGGCCCCAACAUGGGAGGGAAGAGUUCCUAUAUAAGACAAGUUGCUCUUAUCAUCAUAAUGGCUCAGAUAGGCUCAUUUGUUCCUGCUGAGGAGGCUGUUGUUGGGAUUGUAGACAGCAUCUUUACAAGAAUGGGAGCAGCUGACAAUAUUUAUAAGGGAAGAAGCACUUUCAUGGAAGAGCUUUCUGAGGCCUCUGAAAUCUUGUUCAAAGCAACUUCACACUCACUUGUUAUCCUUGAUGAGCUUGGUCGUGGGACAAGCACUCAUGAUGGCAUUGCAAUUGCAUAUGCCACUCUAGAGUAUUUCAUCAAACAAGUGAAAUCUCUAACACUUUUUGUGACUCAUUAUCCUUUGCUAUGUGAACUGGAAAAGCAGUACCCUAAAAAUGUUAGCAACUUUCACAUGGCUUUCCUGUUAAAUGAACCGGAGAGUAAAGACAAAGAGACAUCAGAUGAUCUGCAGCCAGAGUUUAUCACUUUCCUCUAUUUGCUAACAAGGGGAGCAGCUGCAAGAAGUUAUGGCCUCAAUGUAGCCAAAUUAGCUGGGAUCCCAGAUGAAAUACUUCAGACUGCUGCCUUCAAAUCAAAAGAACUGGAGAACUUAAUAAAUUCAAAAAGAAAUCUGCAGAAAUCUCUAACUGAAGUUUGGAGAAUUGACGACAGAGAAGGCUUAAAGGAUUGGCUUCUUUCCAAUUCAUCGUUCACUUCUGUAUUCUCCAAUCCCCACACACCAUAAACUUACACAAUUUGUGUGAUUGCAGAUCAGCCAUAAUGACAGCCUUUUUGUAACUGUUGCAAUUAUAUAAUGUUGUGCAGAAAAAAUAAUGACCUUUUCAAUCUUUGGAGUAUUGAUCUUCAGCUUUUGAACUAACCAUUUGCUGUGUCAGGAUUAUUAUUGGUCCUUUUAAAAUGUUUUUGUUGCAAUUAAAAAAAUCUAUAACAGUAUACUGUAAAGAAUUCACUGAGAGUCACUUUACAGUAUGCUGUUUACCUGCCAAUAGUUUUUCCUGAUCUUGGAUGUUGGACACUGUUUUUUUAAGCAAUUAAAACUUGAAAUAAAUGUUUUAAAUCAAUACAAAAGAUCUGGGAAGCUUUUUGCUGAGUGUCAAAUUAGAGUAAAUGAAAAUGGGCAAUACGAAAUGUCAUAAUUGAAAGUAAAUAUGCACAUAAAUGCUGAAAUAAAGUUAUUGGAUGUGCAGAAUGUAUUUAUUUUUGUAUUAAUUGGAAAAAAAAUCUUAAAAUGGUAAUGAACAAUGAAGAAGCAGCAAGCAGCAUUAUAUUUUUAAAUCCAGUUAACAGUGAGAAACAAUAAUCUGAAUUGAACACUUGUUUGCAUGCAUUUUAAACCAAAGUGCCUCAGCUAUAUUUAGUCUAACCAUUUUCAGCCUCAAUAUUUUAUUUAUUUCUUCCAAUGUAUUUGCCAGUUAUUCAUUUCUUGAAGUUGUUAAUUGUUUGUUUAAGGGGUGGUUCAGUAGUUAGCAAUGCUGUGUCACAGAUCCAGCAUCCUGGGUUCAUAUCAUGUACUCAGUUGUUUGAGAGGACUUUGCUCACAGGAGCUGAUGGCAGAUUUUCAUCUACCUACCCAAAGAUGUAUGUGUAGGCGGAUUAGUGACUGUAUAUUGUCUUCAACUGAAAUGAGUGUUCGCAAUUGUGAGUCUUUAUUUUUGAAUUAAGUGCAUUUGACAAUGUAUUUUUGUUUGUUUGCAUGAGUAGAACUUUCAAAUUUCUAUCAUCAUCCAUAUAAUGCAAGAUUUGAACUGAAUAUCUUGUGGGCAGUCAGAAAGAGAGAGAUGUCAGAAAUUCAUUGAUGCACUUAGCAUCUUAAUAAAUCCUAUUAUUUAUAACCCCAUUUUAAGGAACCUCAGAGUACUAUAAUACAAUGUACAGUGCAUCUGGAAAGUAUUCACAGCGCAUCACUUUCUCCACAUUUUGUUAGUUACAGCCU